AUGUACCCUAUAAUAAAACGUUCGCUGUUUCGAAUCCCCACUUUAGCACGUCUAUACUCCGCUCAACCAUUGAAGAAAAAAGCUACCACCACAAUAUUAGAUAUCCAAUCCAAACGGUCUAAAGACAUUCCCAUUACGAUGACCACAGCCUACGAUUCUAUCACCGCAUCAUGGUGUCACGAGGCACAAUCAGAUAUGAUCCUUGUGGGUGAUUCCUUAGCGAUGACCUCAUUAGGCUAUGCAUCCACUACAGAUUUACCCUUUGAUGAAUUUAAGUAUCAUGUGAAAUCUGUAUGUAGGGUCCCCGGUCCAUCAUUAAUAGUAGUCGAUAUGCCUUUCGGUUCCUUUGAGUCCAGUAUACCGUUUGGUAUCUCUAAUGCUAUUGAAUUGAUGAAGUUGGAUAGUAAUGUUACAUCAUUGAAAGUCGAGGUUGGGUUACAUACAAAGGAUAAAUAUACACCAAAAUUGAUUGGAGAGUUGUGCGCCAGGGGCAUACCAGUGAUGGGACAUAUUGGGUUGACACCACAGAGGGCGCAUUCACUUGGGGGAUUUAAAGUACAAGGGAAUAAGAGUGUGGAAGAGACAAGAGAACUGUUAGAGACUGCCAAGUUGCUACAAGAUUUAGGAUGUUGGUCUAUAUUGAUGGAAUGUGUUCCUCAUAAAGUGGCGACCUUGAUUACUUCAAAGUUGGAUGUCCCUACUAUUGGGAUUGGGGCAGGGAAUGGGACCAAUGGACAAGUGUUGGUAAUAUCGGAUAUGUUGGGAAUGCAAGGUAAAAGUGUACCAAAAUUUGUGAAGAAGUACUCAAAUCUCAAUGAGAUUGCAAUAAAUGGGAUAGCAAAUUAUACUAAGGAAGUGAUGGAGAAGUCAUUCCCAGAAACUGCAUCACAUACCUUUAAGAUAAAGGACGAACUUUGGGAAGAAAUUGAAAAGAACGUUGCAUGA